UGAGCAGCCUGAGUGGGUGUGAUGGAAGGAAACAGGACCCUGCUGACUGAGUUUGUUCUCAGAGGAAUAACAGAUCGUCCAGAGCUGCAAGUUCCCCUCUUCCUGGUGUUCUUCUUCAUCUAUAUUGUCACCAUGGUGGGCAACCUUGGCUUAAUCUUUCUCAUCUGGAAGGAUCCCCAUCUUCACACUCCCAUGUACCUUUUCCUUAGAAAUUUAGCUUUUACUGAUGCCUGUAUUUCAUCCACAGUGACUCCAAAGAUGCUUAUGAAAUUUUUAAAUAAGAAUGACAUGAUAUCCCUAGGUGAGUGUUUUGCCCAAUUUUAUUUUUUCUGUUACAGUGUAACUGCCGAAAUUUUCCUACUGGUAGCAAUGGCCUAUGACCGCUAUGUGGCCAUAUGCAACCCUCUGCUCUAUCUUGUGGUGAUGUCCAAAAGACUCUGCACUGUGUUAAUAAGUAUGUCAUAUAUAAUUGCUUUUGUAAACUCUGGACUUAAUGUAGGGUUAUUAUUUAGAUUGACUUUCUGUAAGUCCAAUGUAAUUGACCACUUCUACUGUGAAAUCUUGCCACUCUAUACAAUCUCUUGCAUUGAUCCAUCUCUUAAUGCAUUGAUCGUUUUUAUUUGUGCUUCUUCCAUACAAAUUGGUACCUCUGUGACCAUUGUAGUCUCUUAUGCCCGUGUCCUAUUUGCUGUUCUGAACAUGAAGUCUGAGAGGAGCAGAAAGAAAGCCUUCUUCACCUGCAGUGCCCACCUGCUCUCUGUCUCUUUGUUCUAUGGCACUCUCCUCUUCAUGUAUAUGAGUCAUGGGUCUGGACCAGGUAAACAACAGGAUAAAAUGUAUUCAUUGUUCUACACCAUUGUGAUACCUCUGCUAAACCCCUUUAUUUACAGCUUAAGAAACAAGGAAGUUUUGGGUGCUCUGAAAAAAGUGAUAAAAUUAUAAUCAUUUUUAGAAAAUUUCAUCCUCUGUUCUACUACCUUCUCCCAUCUUAUGC